AGCUAGCUAAAUAAGUUUGAAGUUCAAUUCAUAAGUGAAGGCUUGAUUGAUAGCAUGGUAAAUCAAAAAUAAACAAAAAAUAAACAACCUCUUCCUUUAACUGGAUUGAUGCAUGAGAUGCGUUUUGAAAGGAUAAAUCCGUCACGUGCACAAAUUGUUGAAAUAACCCACUGGUAACUUCCACUCCCGUCUGCGUACUGGCAGUUUACAAAACUGUAUGAGUUGCGAAGCGUUUAGCAUAUUUUUUCUGUACUUCAAUGCACUAACACGGAAUUAUUUGUUUCUUUGUUUGUCAAGAACCUAAAGUGGCCCACUUUUUUGAAGAAAAAGAUUUUACAUUAUUUGGAGGUCGACAAAUUCGCGACUGAAGAAAUAAGUAGCGGGCAGGUCGCAAAUAUCUUAAGUGGGCGGUAUAUUCGCGACUUAUUUUUUAAGUAAGGAAAAAGUCGCGAAUAUCACGUGCAUUCGAGAUAUUUGGGACUUGUACUCAUCGUUUUUUUAAAAAAUGUGAAGAUUUUGCGACUUCAUGAUUUCCCUAUUCAUUUUGUAACUUACUAAUAAAACAGAGAAAGGAAUGAAAUAUGGUUUAUUAUAAAGUAUUGAUUUGAAUAGCUGUUGUACAUAGAAACUUAUGAAUUGUUUAAACCAAAGAAACCUAAAUAAAUAAAUAAAAAAGAAAAUAUAUAGCAAUCGCCAUCGUUUUAGUUGUAUCCAACCACUACAGCUAGCGUAUCUGAAUGCGAUAGCUCCUUUAUAUUUGGUUAUAAAUAUUUUAAUAUUGAAAAUUGUCAGAAAAAAAAAUUAUUUCGACUCUUCCUGAAACUGUAAACGUGAAAAAACUCAAGUAAAAAAUGAAAGAUCGAUUGUUUUCCAUUUUGCUUCUACUGACCUUAAACUAUUUGCCGACGAGAGGAAAAAUCUUGCGACUUCCCUGCUCAUUCUAUUCCGAUCUUUCAUUGGUGUAUAAAAAUUCCCGACUAUUGGUUGGAAAACUGGAUACUAAGAAGGUAACAGAUGAUCUUGAAUGUGUGGAAAAAUGUAUUCUGCAUGAUUCAUGUCAAUCCAUAAAUUACAACGACGUAACAAAAGAAUGCGACUUGCUAGAAAGUACAAUUGUUGAUGGUGGCAACAAUGCAACUAACGAAGUUGAUUGGACACACUAUGAAACUGAUCCUGGUAAUAAAGAGGUUGGUAAUGUUUGUUCCAGCUUAUCACCUUGUAAAGGUCAUUAUUGCGAGGAUAUUUGUGAAUCUCCAGGAUUCAACUGCACAUGUCUUGAUGGAUACUAUGGAGAGAAAUGUGAAAGAGAUCCAUCAUCUGGUCCUGUGAAAUCGUGUAAAUGGCUGAAGGAAAAAUAUUCAAAUGCGAAGAGCGGGUUUUACUCCUUACAAUACGACCCUACUAUUUCAGUAUAUUGUGAUAUGGAAACGUACGGAGGAGGUUGGACCAGAAUCGGUAAUGUGGUUAAAAAUAAUUCAAUACCUGAGAGCUCUGUCCUCGGAAGUGCAAUAUCCCGCGAUAUCGUAUCUCUUAGCAAAACAAAUCAGUUUCUCCUGACCCCUUCUGGUUUUAAAGAACUGAGGGACAUCAUUACUUUCACCCAAUUCCGCGUGUACUGUCACAAACCUAGUCACGGCAGAACCAUCCACAUUGUAACAGUAAACAAUUCCAGCGGACACAACGUGCUGGAUUACCUAAGUGGAUUAAACGAUACCCGACCGGCUUCAUGUGGUUCUUACGUGCGUGUUAACGACGACACGUCUAUCCUUGCAUCUACCUGUGAAAAUUGGGAAAGUGGACUUUGGUCCAACGAUGGUCGAAAUCCAGCAAGUCUACUUUAUGAUCACCUGUUUUUCACUCUUUUUGGUGGUCAUAUAAACUUAAUCCCCUCUGGAAGACUAGAAUGUGACGAUUUUUACAAAGAUAACGGAUUUUCUACUACAGGGCAGUGGCAGUUUUUUGUAAGAUGACUGGGUUACAGAGCUUUCCUAUUAAUGUACAUAGUGAAGUACUAGCUCGUGACGCAAAGAACAGACAAAUGGAAACAAUGCUAAUUUUUCUUUAAAAUAUUUUGAUUGCGACUGCGCAACACCUUUUAAUAUUGUGAUUAUUUGAAAGUGAAAAUGAAAAAGGUGAAAAAGGGUGUUGAGGAUAUACAUGCAUAUAAAGAUUUGUUUUUUUGAUUAUCUUUUUAUUACUUAACCGUAUUCGGGCCGGAAUUUUCAGCCCCUCUUUCUUCGCACUUUUUUUAAUAACUUCUGAAGCAUGCUAUUUUAGGGGUUAAAAUUUAGUUUUUUGUUAGCUUCAACAUAGUGAAAGACAUUGUACUAUGACGUUACGUCUAUUGUCGUUGUGGAGUCAACGUGGUUCUAAAAAACCAUCAAAAUUUUGUUUUGUUGAAAUAUUCUUAACAACGGUUUUUUAAUUUAAUUUUAAUUUAUCCUUUUUAUGCAGUUUUGAAGUAAUGUUUCACCCUUCACCGUGUGUUUUCGUUGUUUGACGGUAUUAUGGACCGAAUUACGCCACGUUUUGAGGCAAUAAGAUCUCUCUUUCAUUACAUUUAGAGAAGGGAGUGGAAAAUUUUUUUAACCCCCUCCCCCACCUUUCUCCAGCUUUUCAGCAAACCCGAUCUAAGUAAGGUUAAUUCCAGCCAAUCUUUUGGUUCGUAAUAUCUUGAAUUUUGUAAUAUUUAUGUUUCUAAUAUAUACAAGAACACUGGAGUUAUUAUAAUCACCUUAGACCUGGGCUGGUCAUAGCCUGGUAAUAGGGUGAUUAUGCUCUUAUCACGCUGCACAACGAUUUUUAUCAAUUUUAUUUCUUUUCUUUUUUAAUUUUACUUUAAAAUUGUUGCAAUGCUUGUUAUUCUAGUUAAUAUAUUAUUCUUUUUUGUUUAUUAUUCUAGAUAAUGUUUAUAACCUAUCACAAUAAGAUUUGGAAAGUGCUGUUCUCCACUAAAACAAAAAUGGGAUUUUUUCGGAGCUGUUUGGAAGAAUUUUGGAUUAUUUUUUUUUCAUUAACAGAAUUCUGAUCUAAAUAUAUUUGAGUGAAAAAAAUAAAAAGGCUGUGUUUUUGAAGACAAUGAGGACGUCAGCAAAAAAAAUGAUGACAUAAAAAUUAAUCUUUUGAUGUCAAAUCACACCUUCCAUUUACUGUGCCAAGCUGGACACCCUUAAAAUCAUAGGCGAUGAUAAAGUUACCACUACCAAAAAGGAGGGCAAAAUACACCCGCCCCUAAAAUAGGUUUAUUGCUUCGCGCGCAUAUUCACUAUAAUUACGUUUUAUAGGCUGAAAAACAGUGUAUAUAAAAUGAAAGCCGAAAUAUA